AUGGCAGCCGAGACGUGCACGACGCUCACGCAAGGCAACGAAGCCAAGAAACAUAGAAGAGUGGCUUUCAGCCAACUGAGGACACUGCCUGGCUGCGUGAUCAGUCCUGGUUUCACGACGGCGACUUCCAUGUCGCCUGGCCAGGAUUUGAUUCUCGGCCUCGCCAUAUCGAGGAAAAGAGUGCGAUGCGCCUGGGGUCAGAUCGACGAAACGUCUCAGAGCUGUGUUGGCCAUUUUGCGCGAUUCUUCUGCCUCUCGAAAAUCUUCUCCGUCCAUAAAGUCCUCUUGCUUUUGUCGUCGGACGCGACAGGGCCAUCCUUCAGCCCGAUGCCCGCGUUGUUGACCAGCCCGUCGAGCCGGCCACCCAUCGCGACCACUUCCGCCAUGUACGCCCGACACGUGACCCGGCCGCCCACGUCAACGCUGCCCCUCUUGAUCAGCGGACGAAGCUCGUCCGGCGGAGUCCUUCUUGUCUGGAAUGCGUCGAACCUGGGAGGUCAUGCGAAGAAAGUCACCGUCAAUGCUCUGACACUUGUCCUGUCUCAACGCUGUUGA